GGGAAAGUAAACUUUUAAAAAGUUGAUGGAUGAUCUGCCAGUUUGCCCAAUUCAUAAUCUACAGGGCACCAUUUGAUUGGUUCAGACUGAGAAGAGUCCCAAGCAUUUGAUUGGCUGAGCAGGUAGGCCAGUAAAAUUUUGACACACACUCUCCAUCUUACUCAAAUAAAGGUACGAUCUUUCAAGGACACAUGUUUUGCAGGUACCUGAGCUGAGGAGCCGGAGCAGCAAACAUGAGGACACGCACACUUCUGUCCCUGACUCUGCUGGGUCUGCUGCUGUGGGCCUCAUACACCCAGGCCGACGACACAGACGCUGAAACUGACCAGGAGACAGAAGCAAAACAAAAAGAAGAAACAGCAGAGGAAGAGACAUUAACAGAUGACUCAGAAGAUAAAGAUGAAGAGGAGGAACAGGCGCCACAGAAGGAGAAAACAACAGAGAUAGAGGAGGAGAAAGACGUGCUGGUUCUCCACAUCAACAACUUUGCCAGAGCUCUUAGUGAAUUUGAGUAUCUGCUGGUUGAAUUCUGUGAGUAUUUAUGACUUAUAUCCAAUCUAGUAGAGUGGUUAUUUUUAUCAUUCAGUCAUAAAAACACUGUUGUCCUCAAAAUGUGUCACAAAACUGCAGAAAUACCUUUUUGAGGCAGAUGUGCACUUUUGUAAAGACAGAGUUAAAGUCGAGUUAAAAGAUGAACAUAGAAGUCUAUUCUAGAGAAAAAACUGCUCAAAUUAAGCAAAGAAAGCCUCACAUAUGACUGAAAGCUCUAUGAAUCACUAAUUUAGUUCAACUUCACUUUAAUUUGAUGUUACAGCUAUAAAAUUAUUAGAGUUUUAAUUCUCUGCCCUCCCCCUGGAGUACUGAGGUGUUAAAAAAUGUGCACACACGUGGCCUCCCCUCUCCAGAUGCUUCCUUGAUUCAACUCUCCCACCAACGAGCUCCACGCUGUGAGUGGAGAGGUCAUGACAAGGAAACGAACAAAGGGGAAUAAGGGACGGCCUUAUCCCAACAGCCACUGUUGCUAUCAGCAGCUUAUUUCCAUGUAUAUCUGUGAGCGAACUAAAGACAGAACUAACUGAGCAGAGGCCUUUGUGGAGGCUUCAUGUUAUCUCCUCUACAUGGUAAACACAUUCAAACUCAGGUCAAUGCUGCUACAUAGACUCUAUGUGUGUGUGUGUGUGUGUGUGUGUGUGUGUGUGUGUGUGUGUGUGUGUGUGUGUGUGUGUGUGUGUGUGUGUGUGUGUGUGUGUGUGUGUGUGUGUGUAGAUGCUCCCUGGUGUGGUCACUGUAAACAGCUGGAGCCUGUUUAUGCUGAGGCUGCUGGGAAACUCAGGACAGAGCUGCCAUCGGUGCGUUUGGCCAAAGUGGACGCCAUAGAGGAGAAGGAGCUGGCUGAGGAGUUUGACAUCGGAGGCUUCCCCACUUUGAAACUGUUCACCAAAGGAGAACGCAAGGAGACCGUUGACUUCAGCGGUAAACACACACACUAACACACAUCUAUCUGUGUCACACACUGUUGAAGCCGCUGUACAGAUUAGAAACUGUACGUCAUCAUUUAAACCUGACUGUAUCCUGAACAGCCACCUCUGCAGUGGCUUCAGUGUGUGUGUGUGUUUACCUUAUCUGACUGCUGAACCUGUCCACCAGCUUUCAGGUGCAGCUAUUUCAUCAAAUUAAUUACUAUUUACCUCUGUUCAUAAAGUUUCACAAGCACACAUUAACUACAUCUGAAAAAAGAGUAUUUGUUUAAUGCCACGUCUUAAUUAACUUGCAAAUAUAAUAGUUUGGUAACAGUAACAGUCUAGUAGCUUACCAAGUGUGCCAUUCAAGCAAAAUAUCCUGAAAAUAUUCAGCUGUUGAAAGGAGAAAAAGAAAAUAUAUGUUCAAUAAUAUGGCAGCUGGAGAGAAUAUUAGCUUUAUUCCUGUUUACAAGUCUAUACACCAUGAUGCGCUAACCAACCAAAGGCUGUAGCUUCAUAUUAGCUGUAGACUUUAAGGAGGAAUAAAUCCGCUCACCUGACAUACAUUAAAAAGUAACUCACUGAGCAUUUUUUCGGUCUUACAGAGGUCUUAUAGAUGACUAAAUGUAGCCUAGACGACUGGUCUAAAAUCAGGCCACCACAGGUCUAAAAAGGAAAGUUUUUCAGACGUUUAAAAUUUAGACCAAAUUUAGACUAAACGUCUAAAUUCUGUCUAAAAAUAUACCAUGAUAACUGACUGUAUUAGGUUAACUAAGCUAUUGCUGUAUGUUUGGGCUACUGUAGCCUCCCAGUACAUGUAAAAAAAAAUGAGGGUAUAUAUCAUCUUAACGAAAUCUUAGGACACUAAAUAAACAUUUUUAACAGAUGAAAAAAAAAAAACACUAUAGACAGAACAAAGAUCUGUUUCCCCAGAAAACCUAGCUUUAGCUUCACAGUAAACAAAGAAACAAAAGUCAUCUCAAACUUCAGAUCCUUUUAUGAAGUUAAGUGUCGUGAAGGUGGUUAUUUUACUUUAAACAGAGCCAGGCGAGCCGCUGGUCUUCACACUGAGCUAACAGCUUUUCUGUAGGUGCUCUACAGUAAGUACACAGGCCUAAGAGUGGUAUUGACAAUCUUCUGCCUCUUUGUUUCAGUCUUCAUGCACAGAAUGGUAUCAAUAUUAUGACCUGACUUUUAGCUAAGUUAAAAGUACUUCUGUAAACGUUUUAUAAUUUCUGUAGUAGUACGGUGUAGUGCUGGUUCUUGAAAUACGGCAAAUUGUUUUCUCCCAUUGAGUCCACCUCCUUCUAAAUGAAAUGAGCCAAAUUAUCUCCACGAUAGGCACUGCGUCUUUAGAUAGUAACGUAAUUUGGUUCCAAAAUUAUCAAAUGAUGAGUUGAAGUGGACAGUCACAGCUAUAAUAGGUUCAGCGAUCGUCUGGUAAAGUAGCCCAUGUUGGAGCUAUCAGUCCUAACAUCACUUUCCCUCUUUUUAACAUCAAAUAACAUUAAAACUUUUUCUUAUAUUCUUUGCCGUGUAUUAUAAUUUUCUACCACAACUCAAGUUCCAUCUGUAAUAACGGAGGAGGCCAGCUCUAUACAGCAGCCAGUCAGCAGAGAAGUUUUUACAGUUUGUGUGUUUGUGGGAUUUUCUGAACCUCACAAGUACAAACAUUGCAAAGAUUUGAACAAAUGGUACUGCUUUGUUUUCUUUUAUCCUCAAUCCUGUUGUGUCAAACCAUGUGGAGUAACUCUGACAUGUCUUGAAGGUGUGGCUGAUGCUUUUAUUUGUGUGUGUUUUGUGUUUUUAGGUAAGAGGACAGUGGUGGGAAUUCAGCAGUGGAUGAAGCGCCGUAUCAGUCCUCCUGCUGCUGUGCUCGACUCUGUAGACUCUGUAGCUCAGUUCAUCGACUCACAAAACAUCACUGUUGUAGGAUUUUUUGAGGUAUACCAUCUCAUUUACAUGCCUCAUUUAAUGCAUCUGAAAACUUUAAAGUUAUGUUUAAAUAUUUAAAGUGUUUUUUGACCUUUACAGGAUCUGGAGAGUGAGGCCGUCAAGGUGUUAAAGGAGAUUGCUUAUGAACUUACAGACACAGAGUUUGGUCUCUCAGCGAGUCCUGAGGUUUUCAAGAAGUAUGAAGCAAAAGCAAACUCUGUGGUGCUCUUCAAAAAGGUAUGAACACGCUAUGUUAGUUUUAUUUUUACUUCAGACAGGUGACACCUAGCUGUAACAUUGAUAGUGUUGCUGCCAUCUAGUGUCUGAAGAUGGGACAUGCAGUCUCGCUUGAAAGGAUAGUGACAUCUACAUACAGUGUGUGGCUGCUUCUUCUUUAAUAUGUAAAUCUUUAGGGUUGUGUUUGAAGUUGACAACAUCUUCAGCAAGGGUUUGGGAGAUGCAUAUUUUCAGAUUUAUUUCUUGGCUAUUAUCAGAGUAAAUCAACUUAGCCGUUAAAUUUCAUGGGAAAAUAAAAGUAAGGUUAAUUUAGAAACAUUAUCACAGUCUUUGUGUCUGAAUGUUAUGAAGUGUUAUUGCCUCUUCAUGCCUCACUUUAAAGCUUAAAAACCAGCCGGUGUAGAAAUAUUACACAAACACAGAAAACAUGAAGAACUAAGGGACAAAAUGCAACUCUAUAGGACACAGUCUGACUACAAACAGAUAAUAGUGACAAAAAGAGAGUCAGAACAUGAUAAGUAACACAAAAUCUAGGUCAUUGUUGUGUCAGUUUCACUUUUGAACCCUAGGAGGAGUUUAUCCAUGAAAAGUCAGGGUGCAAAUUGUCUCAAAAUCUGUAUUUAGUUAUAUUUAUUCUAUCAGUAUUUCCUCCAAUUUACUUCUUGUAUGUCUCUGUCCUGUGUAUAUUCUAUUUUUUGUUUUGGUUUAGUUUUGCUAAAGAAAGAAAACUCACAAAUGAUAAGAAGAAAUGACCAUACUCAGAAGUUUAAAGUUGUCUGUCUGUGUGUGUUUUUGUAGUUUGAUGAGGGCAGAGCAGACUUUGAGUUAUCAGAAGAUGGCACUCUGGACAAAGGUAACCUGACCAUGUUCAUCAAAGCUAAAAGCCUGCCGCUGGUCAUCCCAUUCAACCAGGAGGUAACACACACACGUGCACACAUGAACAUGACGGCAAAAUGAGGAUUGGCUUUAAAAUUAUUCUCACAUUAUUCUCCGGGUUUUUGCUCUCAGGUUGCCGACAAGGUCUUCACCUCUGGCAUCACCACGCACUGUCUGCUAUUCAUCAACUCAUCUGUGGAGACUCACAUGACUCUGAUCGAUGAAUCCAGGGCUGUGGCCAAAAAAUUCAAGGGCAAGGUGAUGAUCUGAUGUGUGUUUGUGUGUGUAAGCGGGGUGACAUGGCUCCAUUUGAAUUAAUGCCAAAACCCAUGUCAGUUACGUUUUCACGCCACUGAGUGGAGUGUGGAGGGAAACUGAGGAACAGACUGACAUGAAACUUAUCUGUUGUUGUCUUUUUGAUGGUGUGUCUCUUGUGUUUUCUCACAGAUGCUGUUCGUUUCAAUAGACGUCACAGAACCUCUUUCUCACGUGCUGAACUACUUUGGUGUGUCUGACAAAGACGUCCCCACCGUACGUGUCGUCAGCAUGGUUUCAGGAAAGAAAUUUGCCAUCGAUUCAGAUGCUCUGACUGUGAAGUCACUGGAAGAGCUGUGUCAGGGGGUGCUUGAUGAGACUGCAAAGGUGACACAAACACAGACACAGUUAAGCAUAUAGGCCAUCAAAAGGCAAACAAUCACAUUAAUCCUUAUAUCAUGUCGUGUCUUGUGAUGCAGCCCUACUACCGGUCUGAGGACGUCCCAGAGGACUGGGAUAAAGGACCAGUGAAAGUGCUGGUGGGCAAAAACUUUGACUCAGUAGCUAUGGACCCCACCAAAAACGUCUUUGUGGAGUUCUGUAAGUUGACAGCCAACAUGAAGCAAAUUCACUCAUUUUGAACAAUCUUAUUUUCAGGGAACAAAGCCACAUUUAGGUAAAAAUGAGUAAGAGUUCAGUCAUUAUCUUGGUCUUUGUGAAAUAAAUCCUCAAAAAAGGUUUUUUUCAGGUCCAGGACGAAAUUUCUCCUCAUUUUCUACUUGAUAAACAGUAUCACAGUAAAGCUCAUGCUCAUGCUAAAAAGUUAGGUGCCCACACUUACAACAAAAAUAAGAGUUAUAGUCCUCACCUGAAUCCCCAUGAACAUAGUUACCUUACAGCUGCUCCACCCGCUCACCUCCAGUGUUAUCACCCACGCAGUGAGCUGUAGUUUCAGCUCAUUUUGCUUAACAAACAGACACAGACCGAAACUGAACUGAGAUACUUCAGGACUGAGAGUCAUUCGUUAUUCAUACAUCAGACUUUCUCUUUCUCUCUCCUGGGUCAGUCCUAAGAACAGUUUAAUUAUAAAAGACCUGCCUCCUUGAAGAUCUUCACCCACUGCUGACGGCUCUGUUUUUCUUUUUACAGUUUAAUUAAAGUGCAGGCUUAGAAUUCAGUGAUAUAUGUGAAAGGAUGAAUGUUUCAGCUUUAUGACUUUUUAUUAUGAGUCAUAACUGUAAAUUAACUUUGAAUGUAGACAACUAUUCCUUUUCAAAAUAACCCCCAGAUGUUUGGCUAUUUAAUUCUCACUUUAGAGUACGACAACAAAGUUUCUGUUGGGUUUUUUCUCUUGGAUGAAGCAAACUAUUCAAUUCAUCUAAAUUGUUUUAUUUGAGUUAAAGUUAAAUUCAGCUCUCUGCCGGAUAAAACUGGAGCUUAAAAAGUGUAUCAUAGACCUCAAAGUAAUGUCAGUAUACGCUUUAUAGCCCAGCAGGUUAGCAAAUAGAAAACCAAAAUUGAUAUAAAGUUAAACACAUUCAUCACAGUGUCAUAUUCUGCUUCACCAGCCAUCUUGGAUUUCUUGUAAGCAUAACAGCAGGAUGUACAUGUUAAAAAGGCUGAACAGAAACAUGUGUGUUUGUGUGUUUAGAUGCUCCUUGGUGUGGACACUGUAAGCAGCUGACUCCAAUCUGGGAUCAGCUGGGUGAAAAAUAUGCUGAUAAAGAAGACAUCAUCAUCGCCAAGAUGGACGCUACAGCCAAUGAGGUGGAGUCUGUAAAUGUGAAGAGUUUCCCAACUCUCAAAUAUUUUCCAGCUGGUGAAGAUAAAAAGGUAUGAAAGCACAGGCGCAUUGUUAGAUUAGUCAAUAUUUCACCCUUUCUUCCUUUUUUAAUUUUCUGUUUUUUUUCCCUGCAGGUCAUCGACUACACUGGAGCCAGAGAUCUGGAGACCAUGUCCAAGUUCCUCGAUAAUGGAGGAGUGCUUCCUCCGGAGGAAAGUGAUGAUGAAGAUGGCGAAGAUGAAGUUGAGGAUGAUGACAGCGAAGAAAAGAAGGAAGAGAGUGGCGAUGACAGCAAGGUUUGUAUAUUUACAACUUCGACAAUUUCUCAUAAGGAUAAAUCAACUCUGAUCUCCAAUCUCACAUCAUUUACGUCUUUCUUUAGGAGGCUGAUGAAGCAACUAAAGAGCCACCCAAGGAUGAGCUGUGAUGUCACUUUGCUUUCCGGCCAAUCAGGAUCAACCUAGCAUCUUCCAAUUUUUCUUAAUAAAACAACAGUGGUUUACAAACAGUGAUGCCCUUUGCGUCCAUGACACAGUAAACAGACUUAAUCAGGUUUUCCUGAUACUCAGUUAGAGCUUCUUCACUACAUCACUGUGAACAAUGACAGAGCCAUUUAACCCGAGUGGUGUCCUUUUUAACAAGCCAGUUACAUUGUUUAAUCAAACAGACCAGACUCAGACUUUUUAUAGUGAUUAAAACCUUCAACACAUUAAAACUUUUGUGAUAAAAAGACUCAGUAACAUUCUGUUUAUGAGAUUAAAAACCUGAAAGUCCAACACAACUGUUUUUUUUGUGUGUGUGUGUGCAGUCUUGUUUUUUGUUGAGUUCCUCAUUCUUUAGUAACAUCCACAUGAUAGACCAACAGAUGUGUGGUAAUUCAUGUUGGGAAAAUUAAAGGCCCAG